GCCUGCGGCUCAAAGUUGGAGGACGCCCGAGCGGACUUUGCUGCUGCUGCUGCUGCACCCGCGGCGCUUUUCAAAUGGGACGAGCCCUUCCAAUUAGUAUUUGGAGCCAUUAACAUCCCAGUUUGGUUCGAAUCCGGAUCGAAAUAAUUCCUGGAAAAAGGCUCAUCAGACUGCCGGAUUUAAACCAUUGAUGUGAAUAUUCUUUCAUUUUUUUUGGGGGGGGCGAGGGGGAAGAUUUUUUUUUUUUUUUUUAAAUCAUCUGCUGGCUGGUGGAAAUAUUGUUGAAACUGAUGAAGAUGUCAAAAUCUGGCGUGAUGACGUCAGCGCGCUUGCUGCUGCUGCUGCUGGAGUUCAUCUCGAUGAGCGGCGCGGCCCGAGGUCCGCCCAGGGUGUCGGAGCGCGUGCCCCACCGCCAGAGCGUGCGCCUGGGCCGCACGGCCAAGCUGCCGUGCCCCGUGGAGGGCGACCCCCCGCCGCUCGUCAUGUGGACCAAGGGCGGCCGCAACAUCCACAGCGGCUGGACGCGCUUCCGGGCCCUGCGCCACGCCUUGCGCAUCAAAGAGGUGGAGGCCGACGACGGCGGCGCGUACGUCUGCAAGGCCACCAACGGAUUCGGCAGCGUCAGCGUCAACUACACGCUCGUCAUCAUCGACGAUUCUGGAGCUGGAACGGCCCACUCGGAACACAUUCCGGACCUCAUCGGGAAGCUGGCGCGUCCUCGCUUCACUCAGCCGACCAAGAUGAGGAAGCGCGUCAUCGCCCGGCCCGUGGGCAGCUCGGUCCGCCUCAAGUGCGCCGCCAGCGGCAACCCGCGGCCCGACAUCGUGUGGCUGAAGGACGGGCGGCCGCUGGCCCGCGGCGACGACGGCGACUCGGAAGAGGACGGGAAGAAGAAGAAGUGGACUCUGAGUCUGAAGAGCCUGACGCCGGAGCACAGCGGAAAGUACACGUGUCACGUGUCCAACCGGGCGGGACACAUCAACGCCACCUACAAAGUGGAAGUCAUACAGCGCACCAACUCCAAGCCCAUCCUCACGGGCACUCACCCGGUCAACACCACGGUGGACUACGGCGGCAGCACUUCCUUUCAGUGCAAAGUGCGCAGCGACGUCAAGCCCGUCAUCCAGUGGCUCAAGCGGGUGGAGGCGGGCGACGAGGGCAAGUUCAACUCCACGCUGGAGGUCGGGGACCACCACUAUGUGGUCCUGCCCACGGGGGACGUUUGGUCGCGGCCCGACGGCUCGUACCUCAACAAGCUUCUGAUCGCCCGUGCCAAGAAGGAGGACGCGGGCAUGUACAUCUGCUUGGGCGCGAACACCAUGGGCUACAGCUUCAGGAGCGCCUACCUCACCGUGCUACCAGACGUGAAGCCCCAAAACGCUUUAGUUUUCCCAACCGCCGCCUCGCCGGGCCUUCCCUGGCCCGUCAUCAUCGGGAUCCCGGCAGGUGUGGCCCUAGUCCUGGGAACCGCCCUCCUCUGGUGCUGCCGGUCCAAACGCUCCUGCCCCUCCGCCUCCCCCUCGUCUUCGUCCCAAGUCUCCUCCGCCUUCCCGGCCGCCCAGCGCCUCCCGGUGGCGGCGGGCCGCGAGCGAGUGUGCCCCGGCGCCGACAAGGAGGGCCUGUCCUACGAGGACUACGUAGCCCACCAGAACCAGAACCAGAACCAGCCGCUGACCUCCUCUAAACUGUACCCCAAAAUCUACACGCACGACAUCCACACGCACACGCAUUCGCACGUAGAUGGCAAAGUGCACCAACACCAGCACAUACACUACCAAUGUUAGCAGUGGAGGGUUCAACGCCACUUUCAUGCAUUUUCGAACACAAUGAAGAAUGUAAAGAGAGAUUUUAAAAAAAUAAUAAGAAUCAAAAAUCCCUCAAAGUAUUUUUUUAAAAGCUGACUAUAGAGGAAUCAACGAGCCCCCGUUUUCUGCCUUUCAAACAUUUGCGUCUUCUGUAUAUAGUCAGAUAUGAUUAUGUAGCAUUUAGCAUGCUUCUUCAUUUUGUAUAAAUAAAUGUACCGUAAUUCCCGGCUUACGGAGCGCGCCUGGUUAUAAGCCUCGCACAGUACAUUUGGAAAGGAAAUACCAUUUGGUACAUACAUGAGCCGCAGCUGUGUAAAAGCCGCAAGAGCAUUUCCAAAGACGGUACACAGUCUAACGCUAGCUCAACCGCGCUAAUGCUAACGCUAGCGUUGCACUAACCGGGCCGGUUAAAAAAGAAAACAUGCCUGCUAAAAUUUUCUACAGAACAUUUCUAAAGAACCAUAGAAAUUUAGGACCCAAGUCUGUUCUAUAGAAUUUCCAUAGAAUUUUUUUUAGCAGGGAUAAUCACUGAGACACGGCAGUAAGACGCUAACACUAGCGCUAACAGGGCCCGACCGGUAAAAGUCACUUCCUCGGCACAUAUAUUCCACCGGUCUCACUCCUACCUUUUCGGCUCGAGUGCUCCCUUGCGGCUUUUAGAAAAAAAAUGCACAAAUUAGCCGCAGCGUUGAAAACGUGUGAAAAUAGUUGCGGUUUAUAUGCUGGAAAUUACGGUAAUAAUGUGCACUUCAUGUCUAUAGUUUCAUGUCUAUGUUGUUAAAGAAACGCCAACCACAUGCUUCACUGGGAGAAGGCGAGACAGUCCACAGAAAAAGUUUAACGCUAGCGCCGCGCUAAUGCUAACAGGGCCGGUUAAGAUAAAACUUACCAGUAAAUAUCACUGAGACACGCCAGUAGCACAGCACCAACACGUUAGCACAGCGCUAAUGCUAGUGCAGUGCUAACAUGGCCGGUAAAAGUCACUUCCUCUGCACAUAUAUUCCACCGGUCUCACUCUUACCUUUUUCGCUCGAGUGCCCCGUUGCGGCCGUUAGGAAAAAAAAAUGCUCAAAUGAGCCGCAUCAUCGCAUAAAUUGCAGGGUUGAAAGCGUGUGGGGGGAAAAAAAGUUGCGCCUUGUAGGCCGGAAAUUACGGUAAUAAUAAUACGGUUUGUGUCAAUAGUUUCAUAUCUAUGUUGUUAAAGAAACACCAACCACGUGGUUUACUGGGAGGCGGAAAAAAUGGCUGCUAAACGCUGCAUUGCAUCCAGUCGGCAUUUCAUUAAGUACACCAUCACUUUGUCGAAUGUAUUUUAAAUCGGACCCCCAAAGUCACUUUUACGUAGCAACGUGCGAUAGUAGAUAGUAAAUAUUUGACCGGAAUUGUCGCCGUUUAUAGGGGUCCUUCAAAGAGGAAUUUAUCCUUUCGCUAAAAAAAUGGAAACUUAGAUGAAUGGACAACGCUAAAUUGUGAUUUUUAUUCAUUUGAUUUUUUUUUGGGACGCCGCUAUCUCAGCCCAUGUGUACCUAAUGAUUUGCCCAUAAAGUGCAUGCGUUCACAUUGCGCUCGCCGCAUAUCACGUUUAUAUUCUUUUCAAACCUGUGAAGCCACCGCUUAGUCCUACUACGACCGUACGUUGUUAUUUUCUGCUCCUGUCGUGUCGAACGCUAACGGAUUGCCGCCGCUAUAGACCAACGUGUUACUGUCCACUUACCGCUGGUGUGUAUGUAAGUGAAUUUAUUUUUUAUGAAAUAGUCAAACUAGUGUUUUGUUUUUUUUUUUUUUAAUUGCCUCCACGUUGGGUAAAAAAAAAAAAAAUGAAUUUCUAAUUUAUUUUCUUUGGGCAUUAUACUGCAUGAAUUCAUUGUGUACUCUGUGUGUGCGUGCACGUGUGUGUAUCCAAUAUAUAGAGUAUACAACCCCAAUUCCAAUGAAGUUGGGACAUUCUAUUAAAUAUAAAUAAGAACAGAAUAUAAUGAUUUGCAACUCAUGUCCAACAAAUAUUUAAUUGAAAGACAAGAUAUUUAAUGUUUCAACUGAUAAACUUUUUUGGUUUUUGGCUAACAAUCAUUAACUUUGAAUUUUAUGGCUGCGACAGGGUCAUAUUUACAAUUGUGUUAUAUCAGCAUUACUUUUAAUAACUUCUAAUAAGCGUUUGGGAACUGUGGACGCUAGUUGUUGAAGCUUUUUAGGUGGAAAUGUUUCCCGUUCUUGCUUGAUGUACAGAUUCAGCCGUUCAACGGUCCGGGGUCUCCGUUGAUGGAUUUUAUUCUUCGUAAUGCGCCACCCAUUUUCAUUCAGCCAGGCCAGUAUAGUACCCGCACUCUUGCACUCUUUUACUACUUGUAACACGUGCAGAGUGUGGUUUGGCAGUGUCUUGCUGAAAUUAGCAGGGGCAUCCGUGAAAAAGACGUUGCUUGGAUGGCGGCAUAUGUUUCUCCAAAACCUGUAUGUACCUUUCAGCAUUAAUGGUGACUUUAUAGAUGCACAAAUUACCUGUGCCAUUAGCACUAAUAUAGCCCCAUACUAUCACAGAUGCUGGCUUUUGAACUUCGUGUCUGUAAUAGUCCCGAUGGUUCUUUUCAUCUCUUUGGCCCGGAGGACGCAACGUCCACAAUUUCUAAAAACAAUGUGAAAUGUGGGAGGCACAGUGGAUCAGCUGGUAAAGCGUUGGCCUCACAGUUCUGAGGUCCCGGGUUCAAUUCUGGACCCAGCUGUGUGGAGUUUGCAUGUUCUCCCCGUGCCAGUGUGGGUUUUCUCCAGGCACUCCAGGUUCCUCCCACAUCCCCAAAACAUGCAACAUUAAUUGGGCCCUCUAAAUUGCCCCAAGGUGUGAUUAUGAGUGCGACUGUUUGUCUCUAUGCGCCCUGCAAUUGGCUGGCAACCAAUUGAGGGUGUACCCCGCCUCCUGCCCAUUGACAGCUGGGAUAGGCUCCAACACUCCCUCUGACCCUAGGCGGCUAAGAAAAUAGAUGGAAUUUCAAACAUGGACUCAACAUGCUUUUCCACUGUGCAUCAGUCCAUCUUAGAUGAGCUUGGGCCCAGAGAAGCUGGCGGCGUUUCUGGGUGUUGUUGAGAAAUGGCUUUUAGUUUGCAUAGUAGAGUUUUAAGUUGCACUUCAGGUUGUGGCGCCAACGUGUAUUUAGAGACAUUGGUUUUUGGAAGUGUUCCCGAGCCCACGUGAUAAUAUCUUUUACACAUUGAUGUCGUUUUUUGAUGCAGUGCCGCCUGAGGGAUCAAAGGUCACGGACAUUCAGUGUUGGUUUUUGGCCUUGCUGCUUACAUAGAGUGCGUUUCUAAGUUCUUAUAUUGAAUAUCUUGCCUUUGUAGUGUAUUCAAUUAAAUAGGGGUUGAACAUGAUUUGCAAAUUCUUUUACUCUGUUUUUAUUGAUGUUUAACAAAACGUCCCAACUUCAUUGGAAUUGGGUUUGUAAAUAUCUCUGUAAGAUAUCGUAUUUAUAAGUGCUGGCAGAGGUUUUGGAUAUUUGUUGUAUGGACAAUCUUGUACAGUUUAUCUUUUGUUGCAUAUUAAUCGUUGCCAUUAAAUAAAAA